AUUCUCAAAAGGAUAUUCUUUUGAAAUUAUUCAUGGCUGGAGAAGAAUCUGGACACAAGGUCAGUCCAGAAGAUGCUGCCAUAGAAGUAAGAAAGAAGUUGUCUGUUACUGAAUAUGUAACACCACAACAAGUAAAGUCGUUAUUUUCAAGGUGGCCCAGGCAAUAUAGAGAUGGAAGUUUGGAAUAUGUUAGUUCAGUGACUGAAGGUACUGACAACGGCUUUGAUGAUGAAAUGCUUGCUACAGCUCAGAAUCAGGUCAUCCAGCAAACAUCAAAAGAAGUACUUCUUAAACUUGAAAAUACAUAUCAAGUUGAUGAAUGGAUAGCUUUGCGCUUUGGGAAUACUUGGUUUCCGGCUCAAGUUGUAGAGGCAGAUGAUGAGGGUAUUGUAGCAAGUUGUAUGCAUUAUGCCAUGGGCGAUGGAAACAAUGCAUUUAUUUUUCCAAAUCCAAAAGAUCAAGGGUUCUACGAUCUUGAUGAUAUUAUUUGCAAAAUUUCAGCACCAACUCCAAAGAAUAAUAGAUAUUUUUGGUUAACCUCUGAAGAUUUCAAAAACGCUAGCACAGGAUUUAUUAAUUAGUUUAUCUUACACUAUCUUAUUACUUUUUUGUUGUUUCAAAUUUAUGUUGUUUUUUGAUGGUUUACAAAAUAUAAUAUAAUUUGUAAGUAAACAAUUAUAUUGUAUUGACUUGGUUAUUAUUGCAGUGAUAACACCUGAAGCUUACUAACUGUUUUUAAGGAGUGUAAAGAAAUAGCUUAUAGCCUAGGUAUAGAUCAUUGAAUGCAAAAAGUUAUUUCUACUUUAUCUUAGGUUACACACUUUUGCUAUGAAUGGAGAUUUCUUUUAAAGCUCUUGAAGGAAAAGUUAGAGCUUGUCUGUAACAAUUCCUUUGUAAACUUAGGGUAGUUUUGAGCAAUAGUCUUUAUCCCACCUU